AUGACCACGAUAAAUCACUCAGGUUUUUCCCUCGGAGCGAAUGUUCUAGUAAAAUAUGCCGGAGAGCUUGGUGACCAAUGUCCGCUUUCUGCUAUUCUCAGCGUCGCGAACCUCUGGGACUAUGCAGCCGGUGCAGAGCACCUGAAACGCGGUUCGCUUGUGAAUCGAUACUUCUGGAACUACGCUCUUGGACAUUCAUUCCGUUCGCUGCUCAGGAGACAUUCUGAUGUCUUCUUAAAAGCUGCAUCCACUGGUACACCCGACCCUUUCAACCCUCUCUUCAACGCAAACGCCCACAAUGCAUCCUUCCCCGAUCGCAUUCAUUCAAAACCACUACUCAGUCUCACUGACAUACAUGUCGUCUUAGAUAAACCCCUAAUCACGCUCACGGACUUCAUCGACAAGUUCAUCGCUCCACUGGAGGGCUACGAGUCGAGCGAGGCGUUGUAUCGCGAUGCGAGUUCGCUGCAUUAUAUGAAGAACGUGAAGGUUCCGUGUCUAGCAUUGAAUAGCAUGGAUGACGAGAUUACACGGGCGACCAUACCUUACGCUGAGCGUUCCGAAUACAUAUUCCUCGCGACGACGAACCGUGGAGGCCACCUAGGCUGGUUAGACCAGAAUUACAAGAGGUGGUAUCAUCGUCCCGUAUUUGAGUUUGUAGACGCGAUCAUCUCGGUGGCUGGGACCUCGACAGCGACCUAUGCCUCGUCUGCAUGA